UGGUAGCUAGGCUCACGCUUUCAGUCCACCGUCAACCGUUGAGCGUAACGCACAUUGUACAUUGGACGAUCGAGCGAGUACGGGUCCGUCCGAUAAACGCACACCUGUACAGUGAGCGUUAGCGUUAGCCAACGAUCGAUCGCGCGAUGACAUUAGCGCACUUAGUAGCAAAACUAUUACUGCCAAGGGUGUUUUGUGUAGUGGCUCUUUAUCAUCAGCUCGAGGUACAGUGUGUUGCUAUCUUUCUCCCAAAUCAAACAAAACAACUGAUCUAGCUAGUGUUGAUGUGCGUCCAUCGCAAGUGAUAGUGCUUAUUAGUGAAGCUGGCCCAACAGCAAUUGCCGCGCAAGAAGAAGAUAUUUCACCUAGAUUACACUGGACGAGAAGCUGAAACGGUGUUAAAUAUCAACCCGUACGCUCUGGUUAAACGAGUACAUUUCACCCGAUAAGAUACGCGUAAAGCUUCUUAUCCCGAGCCAGCUGGCAGGCAACGACGAUGGUUUCAACGCGCUUCGAAGUUAAUAGCACACCGCCCGUGCGGUACCCUCGCUCAAUAUUCUUCAUCAUCAGCAAUGAGUUUAGCGAACGAUUUAACUACUAUGGCAUGCGAACGGUUCUGGCACUCUACCUUACGCAAAAGCUCGCCUACAGCAAGGACACCGCUACCGUGAUCUACCACAUCUUUACCAGUCUGGCGUACUUUUUCCCCCUAAUGGGAGCCAUUCUGGCCGACAGUUGGUUGGGAAAGUUUAAGACCAUCUUUUACCUUUCGAUCGUGUACUGUGCCGGAAGUACGCUGAUUGCUCUCGGUGCAAUUCCACCGUUGAAUUUACCUGCCACAUCGAUGACCGUGCUAGGGCUGCUAUUUAUCGCGGUCGGUUCCGGCGGUAUCAAACCGUGUGUGUCGGCGUUCGGUGGCGAUCAGUUUAAGCUUCCGGAACAGGCGGUCCAGCUGGCCAAAUUUUUCUCGCUGUUCUAUUUUGCAAUCAAUGCCGGAUCCCUCAUUUCCACCACACUGACACCGAUCCUGCGCGAAGAUGUGCACUGUUUCGGGGACAACAAUUGCUUCCCGCUGGCGUUCGGUGUACCGGCCGUGCUUAUGAUCCUGUCGAUCGUGAUCUUCGUGUGCGGCCGAACGAUGUACACGAUCAAGAAACCGUCGGGCAACAUGAUCGUGCUGGUGUUCAAGUGCAUUGGCAAUGCGUUAUCGGUACGGUCGAAGGAAGGUGUGGCCAACCCACGCGAACACUGGCUCGAUUAUGCCGAGUCCAAGUACGGCAAAGGGAUUGUGGCCGACAUUAAGUCGUUGCUGAAAAUUCUCAUCCUCUACAUACCGCUGCCCGUGUUUUGGGCACUGUUCGAUCAGCAGGGUUCGCGCUGGACGUUUCAGGCGACGCGCAUGGACGGUGAACUCGCAGGAUACACGAUCAAGCCGGACCAGAUGCAGGUGAUCAAUCCGCUCCUGAUUUUGGCCUUCAUUCCCGUGUUCGAAAGCCUCGUCUAUCCGAUACUGGCCAAGGUCGGUAUUCGGCGCCCACUGCAGAAACUUUCGCUCGGUGGACUGCUGGCUGGAGCAGCCUUCGUACUGUCCGGCUUCGUGGAGAUUGCGCUCGAUCGUACGGACGCGGUACUACCGGCCGGCCACGAAUCGCAGCUACGUAUCUUCAACGGGCUACCGUGUGACUAUCGCUUCCACACCGAUAUACCCAACCUGACCGGCUUCAACGUACCAUCGCGGGGCGCCUUCGAGGCACUGCACAUCGACGUACCCGACAGCAACACCACGUUCCAGUUCCGGGCGGAAACGAGUGAAAUCGGAUGCGUGCGGGAAAACAUGACCGAGUUCAGCGGUACCUUCUAUCUGAAUCCGGGCAACGCGGUCAGCUACUUCAUCAGCCGGAAAGGUGGCAAGAGCAGUCUGGUCGAGUACGCCGACACGGCGGAGAAAGACCGUAACGGGCUGCCCCGGAUGCGGCUGCUCGCGAACGUACAGACCACGAAGCACAUCUCACUGCGGCACACCGGCAGCCCGACCAUCGUGUACAACAUUUCGCUCAACCGUUACGAUCAGAUGGCCGUCACGGAGGGAGAGUACGGUGUGUACGUUGGCGAGCGACAGAUCGCUACCGUCAAACUAAGCCCAGGCGGAGUGUACACGCUGAUCUUGGAUGAGUUUCUGGAGAACGAAUUUAAUCUUCAAACUCACAUCAUCACUCCGUCUAACUCGGUGCACAUGCUGUGGCUGGUACCACAGUACGUCGUCAUUACCGCCGGCGAGGUUAUGUUUUCCAUAACCGGGCUCGAAUUUUCCUACUCGCAAGCGCCGGAAAGCAUGAAAUCGGUCAUCCAGGCGUUCUGGUUGCUUACGGUCGCGAUCGGUAACAUGCUGGUGGUGUUUAUCGCCGAAGCCAAAUUUGUACAGUCACAAUCGGUGGAAUUUUUCCUGUUUGCCGCGCUUAUGUUCCUCGACAUGGGACUGUUCAUGCUGCUAGCCAUACGGUAUCGUUACGCGGACACCGGUGCGUCGCUGGAUUCGAUCGAGGUGGAAGCGAACGGCAAAAAGCGAACCGAUGCACUAGCCAUCAGUGAUACGAUGUCGGAACGAAGCGCCAAAAGCACAACCUACGCCAACGAAGCGUUCCGGGAAGACUGAAGCAGGCCGGGCUGUGGUUCCUCACAAAAUUUGUGCAUGCGUUUCUAGUGUGUCUACGUUAGGGUAGAACGUACCGACACGCGAAUCGACGUUGUUGUAUUACUGAAGGAGGUAUUAUUUGUUUCGUCGUUUAAGGACGUGUCCUAAUUUAAGUAAACUUUUUUCUUGUCUGUAAUAAAUAGAUAUUGUUUAAACGUA